AUGGGCCCCCCGCCGGCCCUCAUCAGUCAUCUCCAGACCGCGGGCGUGCGCGCUCUGGAGUUGCUGGCGCUGCGGCAGUCGAUCAUCUCGGGGGUGCCGCCGUGCCCCGCGGUGUCGCUGGCGUGCCCGCCGGCGAACCUGACCUGCCCGCCGCAGGAGGGAUCGUGGGCGCCGGCGAGCUCGACCCACCCUCGGCGUGCUGGGGAACUCUCGCAGGGAUCGCGGCUGGGCUGGGGCUCGGCCGCGCCGCCCCGCGCCGCGGGCGUGCUGCUGCCGUCGAAGGAGAUGAUGAUCGCGCACCGUCCCCUGCCCCCGCUCGCCGCGGAGGGGGAGUGGUGCGCUGACUUGGCGGUCGGCACCCUGGUCCGGGUCUCCUACACCGGGGAGACCAUGGACCACACGAGGGUCGUGCUGUGGCCCAGCCGCCGCCUGGACCAGAGGCGGCGGGUCCGGGGGCGGCACGCCUAUUGGGUGCUCUCCGCGGACGGCGACGUCUGGGAGGAGGACCUGAGCGGGAGGAAUGCGGCGACCGGGCCGUCGGGCGGGUCGCUGCUGGACCAGGCGACUGGGGAUCCGCCCGACGGCCGCCGCCUCUAUCGGUUCCGGGCGCGGCCCAGCCUGGACGAGGUCGUGGAGCUGGCGGCGGAGUGCCGAGCCACGAUGCUCAGGCGUGGGCAGGCCGAGUCGGAGGCGCCGACGAGCGUGGUGCUGGCCGACGGGGCGGUGCGCCCCGGCCGCGACCACUUCCCGUGGCUCGCGGCCCCGCGCCCUUGGGUGCUGACGGAGCCGCUCCCUGGCAUGCCGAUCGGGACCGUGGUGGAUCCGCUCCCGGUGGGGGCGCUGCGCGACGGGAGCCGGGCCCUCGGCUUGCUGCCGAGCUGCGGCCGCUGGGCGAGGCUCGAGCAGGUGGACGAGGGCAAGAUCGUCGAGUGGGCCGCCAAGAGGACGAAGGAGCUGCUGCUGGACCUCGGCGCGGAGCCCGACGCCAUGGGCGCCGCGGAGCCGAUUGGCGGGACUGAAACCCCGCCGCUGGGGCGUGAGGCUCGCUCGGCCGGAGGCGACCGCCUGGGCGAGAAGCUGGGGCUGGCCGCCGAGGAGCCCGCCGAGUCGGCCGUGGGGAAGGACGACGCCUACGGCGACGCGCGCACGCUGUGGGUCGACUGGGACGAGCAGGGCGAGCGUAGGAAGGAGUUCAAGCGAGCGGUGGCCGAGAGCUCGAAUGUGAAGUGGGACCAUCAUCGGCUGCCCGCCGAUCGCACUUGCCUUCACACGUGCAAGAUGAUGGUGAACUUGAGUGGGUCCCCACGCGCGUGGCUAGAGCGCUUUCUCAGGGAGAAGGGGAUAGCUUCUACGGAUCGAGUCGCGCACGAACUCCGAGUGUUGUGCGACAUCUUGGAGGAAGCUGGCGAGUUUGACCAGAUCAACCUCGGAGGACUGGCUUGCUUGGAAGUGGCCGCCCUCCGGCUGAACCUGCUGGUGGACGCGCACAAGACGAGCGGGUCGGCCUCGUACUCGAACGCGAAGUACCUCUCGCCGCUGACCGAGGUGGACCAGUUGAUGGCUCCUGGCUUGCGGUCUCACGUGUCGAGGCGCGCCAAGGAGGAGUACGAGCUGAUGCAGGGCGACAAGAAGGCCGAGGCGGUCGCUGCUGGUGCGGCUGGCAUGACGGACCAGUCUCAGCCGGCGGAGUGGGCCCCUGCCGGCUGGGCUAACACAUCGGCCCGGCCGCCCGCCAGCAGGGGCGGCAGCCGCGCCCGGAUUGCUGGCGCUCGGCGGCGGCGCGAGCACGAAUUGGUGAACGGCGCGAUCGACUCUCUCAACUGGCUUGCUGGAUGGGAGCCUGCCGACGUGGGCCCGCCGCGCUCCCUGGACGCCAUGGGGGGCAAGCAUGCAUCGCUCAGUGCGUUGCUCAAGGGGUGCUCGAUCUACGACACGUCGGGCUCCCCGAGGAACCUGGUAGACGAUAUCGUGGGCGAGGCCGGCCGCACCUACCUGAAGGAGAAUCAAAAGCGUAUGAGGCGGCCGAUCGAGGAGAUCGAUUUUGACAACUUGCCGACUCCCUAUUUUGACCCGCUGCUGAAGCGGAACAAGAAGAUGUACCACAACUUUUUGAAGGAUCUCUCGUCCCGCGGGCUCUUGCUUGCCACCUUGUCUCCCGCAGAGCAGGCUGGCCUGUUCUUCGUGAAGAAGGCCGACAGCGACAAGAUGCGCAUGAUCGUGGAUGCGCGUCGGGCGAACGCGUGGUUCGGCGUGCCCCCCAGCGUCCAGCUCCUGUCGUGCGAGGGGUUCGGCAGGGUGGAGGUGAAGCUCCCAGAGGGCGUCGCCUUCGGCUCGGCGCGGGGCGAGGAGCUGCUGAACGGCUUCAAGCUCUUCUUGGGCAUGACGGACGUCAAGGACUGCUUCUACAGGAUGCGCAUCCCGGUGAGCCUGGCGAAGUUCUUCUCGCUGCCCGCCGCUCCAGCUCACGUCCUGGGCCUGGAGGGGCACGAGCUGGAGGGGACGAGGCUGGGCUGCGACACCCUCGUCUUCCCUUGCAUCGGGGUUGAGCCCGGCCUGCACGGGGGAGCCUACGUGUACGUCGACAACAUGGGGGUGCUCGCCCCCUCGGAGGGCCUCGCCAAGAGCGCCCUCGAGAGCUGGACUGGUCUCUUUGAGGGGGUCGGCCUGGACUUGCACAAGAGCUCGGUGGGCUCGGGCGCGUGCGAGGCGCUCGGGACCAAGCUUGACCUCGAGCUGAUGAGGUCGGGCGUGAGCGACGGGCGGUUCUGGAAGGUGUACCUGGGGCUGGGGGGCCUGCUAGCCCGCGGCCGGGCGACAGGGCGCGCCUUGGAGGUGGUGCUGGGCCACUGCACCUUCUGCGGGCUGGCCCUCCGAGGGUCGCUGAGCUGCUGGCACGCCUCGUACCGCUUCAUCCAGCGGCACUACCUGGAGCCUGCCCGCCUGUGGGCAGAAGUCGUGAAGGAGAUCAAGAUGUUCCGCGGGCUGCUCACCCUGAUGGUUCAGGACUGGUGGCGGCCAUGGAACUGCUGCGUGCUCCAGACCGACGCGAGCGAGAGCGGCUGGGGCAUGGCGCAGUCGUUCUGGCCGCAGCACGUGGUGGAGCAGGUCGGCCGGCUGCCUGAGCGAGCCCGCUUUCGUUCGGCGCUGGGCAGGCCGGCGCGAGAGAGCGCGCUCGCUGCCGCCAACCUUGCUCGGGACAGCUCGGGCGCUCUGUGCAGUUUUGAGGAUAUGAAGAAUCCUGACUCUCUCGCGUCUGACCUCCUGUCCUCGUGGGAGCUCGACCCCGGGUUCGCUGAAGUGCCCUGGCAGUGGCUCCGAAAGGGGGCCUGGGAGACCGUCCGGUCCGGGGUCUGGCGUUUUGCUGAGGACAUCCUGAUCCUUGAAGCCAGGGCCCUCGUAAAAUCGAUCCAGAGGCUGGCAAAGACCGCGCACGGGAGGGCCAGCCAGGCCGGACGGCAUCUCUCGGCCCUCGACGAGAGGGACGCGAACGGGCUGGACCUCGCUGGAGACGCCGGGGAGGACGCCGAGGGCGACAGCAGCUCCAGCGGCUCCGACUCGGUGGUGGAGCAGCUGGGGCGGACUCGGGCCCGAAUGCGGCAGCUGCGCGCGCGGAGGGCGCACCGGCGGGCGAAGCUGUACGCCGAUGCUAUCCUGGCGGCGCAGGGCGAGGGCGUGAGCCUCCUGGAGACCCUGGCGGUGACCCAGGCGACGCAGGUGAGGUACCAGCGAUAUCUCGAUCGUUUCUACUCGCGUGCCGGCCUGAGCCGGAGGCAGAUCCUGGCGAAGCCGGACACGGAGAUCGACGAGCUCAUGUGCAACUACAUGACCGAGAACUACUUGCAGGGCGAGCAGAGCAACUACGGAGACCAGACAGUCGCAGCCUGGGUCAGCGCGAACCCGGACUUCGGGCGCGUGGGAGGUCGCAAGCUGCCGCGGACCUGGCGGGCGCUGAAGGCCUGGCGCAGGCUGACCCCGGGCAGGCGGCGGAAGGCCCUUGCCCUUCCGGUCUGGUGCGGGCUGGCUUGGAGGCUGGCGCAGCGGGGACACCUACGCCUGGGCAUCUUCUUGAUGAUAGGCGUAUCGAUCUAUGGUCGGCCCUCGACCUUGCUGGCCGCCCGGCGGUGCGACCUUGUGCCACCGUCGCCUGGUGUCAGCAGGCACUGGGCCCUGUUGACCCACCCGCUGGAGCGGAAGAGGCCCAGCAAACGUGGGCACUUCGACGAGGGCUGCCCCCUGGACUCGCCGUACCUCCAGGGCUUGGACGAGGUGUUCGAGCGGCUGGCCUCGACGACGUCGAAGGAACCGCUGUGGAACUUCAGCUACCCCGAGGCAGCGACGUUGCUCAAGGAGGCGGCGGAGGACCUCGGGGUGGCCCCGGUGACAUUGUACCAGAUGAGACACUCGGGCGCCAGCAUCGACUUGGCGAAAGGCUGGCGCAGUCUGACCUCGGCGCAGCGACGCGGGGAGUGGACGCAGGCGAAGUCAAUGCACCGCUACGAGCACAGCAGCAGGCUCGGCAGCGACUAUGCAAAGCUCGACCCCCGGCUGCGCGCGACGUGCGAGGAGGCGGAGAGGCAGCUGGCGCUCAUCCUGACGGACCGGCCCCACAACGUGCAGAUGUGGCGCAGGUGA